AUGGAUGCACUUAGACCAGGUCAUGCUCAUAGGAGCAGUAGUGAUCGGCUACUAAACAACUAUCUCGACUCCCAAAAAUCACUCACCACCUCUCUUCUCACGCUUCUCUCCCAUUCCCACUCAUCCACCUCCUCUCUACUUGCCUAUGUGACUUCCUCACCAGGUGUGAUAGUCCCCAUCCGUCGGGGUGUGCGACACGCAGCGUUCGAAGGUCCCCUCUCAUCCGAGCUCAUGAACGAUCCUCAUUCCCAUUCUUUCGAUCAGGAUGCAGAUCACGGUCAAGGUGGAUGGGCAACCUACAUCUCAUCGUUAGAUCAAUUUCGCAAAGACUUGAAGCAGAUUCAUCUAUUAGAAGAGGAAUUAUCAAGAGUAAAAAGAGAUCGUGAGAUAUUAGUAACGAGAUUGAUCAAAUCUACCAAAUCUCGUCCUACCAAAUCGGAUUUAUCUGCUUUAGCAACUUCCUAUGCGAGUCACAAUGGUCCUGCUCAAUCUAGCAGGAACUCGGUGUUGAGUAUGAGCAGUAAUGGGUCGACUACAGCUACAAACAAGGAAUCGAAAAGAGCAGGGAAACUCGCUGAUGCCCAGGCGGAAUUAUUGGGAUGCGAGGAACAUCUAAGAGGAUUGGAAGUGAGGAUUGAAAAUGAGAGGAACAAAGUGAUGAUGAGAGGAUUGGAAGAGAGGUUCAGAGCUAUGGAUGUUGUCGGUAGAAUGUGGGUCCAACAGUCUAAAAAAGGUUUGAGAGAUCUGGAAAGAUUACAAGACCUCCCACCUGAUGCAUUUGAACUCGAUUCUAACGGAUCGCUCGCACCUUCCCAAUCAGCCUCUCAAAUUGCUUAUGAAGAUUCCCCACGUCGAGGUGGUGGUGUACCAUUCCCACGAGGAUUCGGCCACGAACACGGUCCAGGAUCCAUCACGGGUAGUAUACAAGAGGAAGAGGAAGAUGGAAGCUCAGCGGAUGAAGCACAGGGUGGUACUUUAGUUGUACAUGAAAACCGACCUGGAUCUAGAGCUUCCGCCUUACAAGCUAGAGGAAGAACUACCCCUAAACCCUCUCCUCUCGGUGUGCCUUCCGUCAACACUCAGGUCAGGCCUCUGUCGUCCACCAUUGGAGGAGGAUCAAGACACAACCUGAAUGACGAUGAUUCCGAUGACGGUCUACCCAAUUUCAGAUCUGGUGGUCGAAGAGCCGCAAGUGACAUUGGUGGAAUGGCAUAUAAGCCACCAAAGGGUCGACAACCUCUUAGAAGGACUUUCUCGGAUGAUCAGCACAACAACAACAACUUCUCCUCUAAUCGACCAAGAGCCAACUCAGAUUCAUCCAGUAUCGCCAGUCAACGAAAGAAGAAAGGAUUUUUCGCCUCGCUAGGAAGAUUGUUUAAGGGAAGUUCGAACAAGAAAUCCGGUAGAUCAGGUAGAGAAUCUCCACCUUAUGGAUCUUCAUCCCAUACUCGACGAGGAAGCGGGGGAGGAUGGAAUACGAGGACGGACUCAAAUAUCAAGCGAAGUGGUACGUUACGUAGUGGACGAGGUGGACGGGGUGGGGAUGAGUCUUCCUCAGAUGAAGAUACCGGAAACUUCGUCAGUGUGACCAAUAACAGGAACAAUACUUGGUCUAUCGAUAAUUCGAGAGAUACCAAAGGAGGUAUCAAGAGAAGUUCGACCAUGCCAGUUGCCAGUGGUUUGAUCCCUUCUAAACCCGCUACGAAAUCGGAUCUAGGUAUGAAGAGGAAUUCAAGUCAAAGUACCAUUACUGCCAAACCUCGUUCAGUUACUCCUCUACCUGCGUCGGCCAAGGCCAAUGCUCAAAGUACUUUGAGUCGAUCAAAUACCGUUAAAUCUUCCAUGUCUACUGCUACUGUCAAGUCAAGUGGGACGGUCAAAUCUACCGGUACGGCUGGUGGGAAGAAGAAGACCCGACCGAAUGGAUCUAUCGCAAGAGCUUCGAUAACCGCUCAACAAGCUGCGGAGGGUCGGAACAUCAUGCAACUAGUUGAUGGAGCUGAUAGUCAACCCAAGAUGCCUGAAGUCCCCAAAGCGCCCAAAUCACAGGUGACCCCGCAAAUGGAAUUACCCAAAGCUCCCGGAUCAUCGUUGGUACAUGCAGAACCACUCAAACCGCAGCCUGCACACCCUCAUGGCGAAAUUCCGACAUUAGGAAAGACCAUUUCUAGAUCUAACUCGGUGAAGAAGGUUGCACCCAAAUCUGAUCAAGCUCAUGCUCAACAGCAGCAGGGGUCACCUAAGAAAGAAACCUCACCCCGUAGAUCAACUACCCCUUUACCACCAUCUCGAACCUUAUCUCCACCAUUGAAAUCUGCUCUCAGACCUUCCUCUCCUUUACCUCCCCCUGCUCCACUACCUCAAGAACCUCCUAAACCCAUGUUCACCAUCACCGCUCCUGGACCUGUCCAGCUCACACCAGAGAAAGAGGACCCCGAAGAGAAACUCAUUCCUCCAGCGAAUAAUAAGAGGAACUCGUACCAUUCUAUGACAUCUGACGGAGCGAGUAUCUACGAGUCCGCCAAUGAAGGUGAUAGUGGUGAUGAAGAGGGACAAGGUUCGAGCGCGGAAGAAGAUGACGAAAGUGUCAAGGGGUAUAAGGUAGUGGAGAAUGAAAAAGUUAGAAGGGCUGGCGAGAUCGCAACUGGUAUAUCAAGGUAUGAAGAGGAUGAUGGGGAUGAUACUGCUUCGGAUCAUACUGUCGAAGCUGCUCCAACCUCUUCAGGUAACAGGGCACCACCACCUGGACCUAUAGCUGUUGAACCUCCUACAGGCGGUGGUACAAGUACAGUAUCAAGUAAUGGAGUUAGUAGACGUAAAUCCGUUAGGAUGGCUGUACCUGAUUCGCCCGUCGUUGAGAAAGCUCCACCACCCGUCGCUGCCCAUUCGGCAACUACAGACGAAGCUUAUCAACCGCCUACUUCAAAUUACGGAUAUAACGAAGAAGCGCAGGGUGCAAGACCGACAUCGCCUGAACCGGAACGGAUCAAGGGCGACUGGAGUACGAGAAUAGGAAGGAUGAGGGAAGAUACAUCUGAUGAAGAUGAGGAUAAAGAUCCGGAGUAUAUGAAAGCGAGAAAGGGUCUACAGAAAUUGGAAAAGAAAUGGAACGAACUUGGAGAUCAGAGUGGGAAAGAUGGAAAGUUGAAGAAGAGGGGUAGUGUCAGGAGUAAUAAGAGUAAUAAGAGUAGAUCAUCGAGAGUGUAG